AAACACAAAACCCAAUCCGAAACAGUCCCUCCCGUCUUAUCCUAAACACAACGCUCUUCACCAUCCGAAGCAGAGCAGCGAACAUGUCGCCGGUCACCGCGCUGCUGGCGGGCACGGCCGUGCCGCCGUCCCCGGCGCCGGCGAGGCAGCACGCCCGCCACUACUCCGUCGGCUUUCCCUCGCUCCCAAACGGCGCCGGGCGCGCGGCGCUGGCGGUGGAGUGCUCGUCGCGGCCGCAGAAGAAGGGGACCAAGCACCACAUGAAGACGCGGCCCAAGAAGACGCAGCCGUGGGACAUCAAGCGCCGCCCCACGCAGUACCCGCCGCUGCCGCCGCUCCCGCCCGACUGGACGCUCGUCGCGUCCGGCGCCACCGUCGACGUGGAGGAGGCUACCUCCGUGACCCCCGUCCUCGAGGUGGCCGCGGCCGUCGCCGCACCCACCACCGCCGACUGAGGCCACCGCGGCAUGUCGCUGAAGUUGUUCCGUGGACCGUGGGGCUUGAGCUCUCCGCGUAUGCUGUUUCCUUUUUGAGAUUUAUUAUAAUGGCUGCCCUGAUUUUGUGAUUAUAAAUUUGGAAUCUUUUAUUUAUGCUAGUCCAAUGUCUAUCACUGCGUCCAAUUCA